UUGUUUUUUUUAGGUCCGCUGAAGGUUACACCAUUUAUGGUCGAGUGAAGAUCCCCAGCAAUUUAGGAACAAAAGACUAUAUAAUUCCCGGAAAAGUGUGAAUGUCAAAAUCAUACUCAAUGGUGGUCAGAGAGUUACUUUUUUGAGGCCUGAUGGAUAUUUCUCAUUCCACAACGUCCCAAAUAUUUCUUGAUGGAUGCUUCAUGAGGUCUGAAAAUUAUAGCUUCUUUGAUGAGUAUGCAGGGCCAGGGGACAAGGCUGUUUGUGGAAACAAAACUAGGACGAAUUUGAGUUUUCAAGUGGCCGCAAAGCAGGCGAUUUUGGAAGUAGUUCAAGCUGCACCAAACAGCAUAGGAUGCUAUGCAAGAGGGAAGGUUGAUGUUUCUGGAAGGGUAAAUGAAUCUGCUUAUGUUUUAGCUAAUUGUUGGAAGAGUUUGAACAGUAGUUCUUGCAAAGGUCCACCACUGGCUGGAAGGUAUGACAUGGGAGCUCUAUGCAUGCAUGAGCAUUCUGAAAAACUUGAAGGCCUUAUCAAUGAUGCUAUAGAUAAAGGUUCUGAAAUUGUUGCAAGAGGAAGUUUCGGGCCUAUUGGUGGAGAUGCAGUUAAUCAGUAUUACCCCUCAACUGUGAUUGUUAAUGUGAAUCACUCCAUGAGAUUGAUUAUUAAUGUGAUAAGAAAACUAUCGCUUUCUAAAAAAGGGUAG